AUGGCUCUAUGUCGUACUUUUGGAAACCCUGAUUUGUUUAUAACCUUUACGGCAAAUCCAAAAUGGCCAGAGGUAGAUGCAAUGGUAUCUUUAAUCAAAGGCCAACAAUCAUAUGAUCGAUCAGAGACAGUCACCAGGGUUUUUAAAAUGAAAUUGGAUCUGUUGAUGGAAGACAUUAUGCGGAAAAACAUAUUUGGUCAAUGUCAAGCAUGUGUGUAUACUAUUGAAUUUCAAAAACGUGGCCUUCCUCAUGCACAUAUUUUAAUUUGGCUUGGCCCUGAAACAAAAUGUGAUACACCCGACCAAAUAAAUGAUGUUAUAUCCGCAGAGAUGCCUUUGGAAAGUGAUGAUCCAGAGUUAUAUGAAGCUGUAACAGAGUUUAUGUUACAUGGUCCAUGCGGUGCUGAUUCACCAAAUGCUUCAUGUACAGAAGAAGGAAAAUGCAAAAAACACUUCCCAAGACCAUUUUAUCAGGAAACCACAAUUGAUGGAGAAGGCUACCCGGUUUAUCGACGACGAAAUAAUAAGGUGUUUGUACAGAAAGGUAAGACAAAACUUCACAAUGGUUUUGUUGUACCAUACAAUCGGUAUUUGUUGCUUAAGUAUAAAGCACACAUUAAUGUUGAAUGGUGCAAUCGAUCCCGAGCAAUAAAGUAUCUGUUCAAGUAUCUUAACAAAGGCCCUGACAGAGCUACAAUAGUUAUAGCAGAAAAUGUUACAGUUGAUAUCCAAUCAAAUACUGAGAAUAUUGUCACUAUCGAUGAGAUCAAGAACUACUUGGACUGCCGAUACUUAUCACCAUGUGAAGCAGUUUGGCGCAUGGCUGCAUUCCCUAUCCACUAUUCUUAUCCAUCAGUGAUAAGACUCACCUUUCAUCUACCUGAACAACAAAUGGUCACCCUUCGUGAUUCAGAAAGUCUUUGUCGUGUAGUAAAUCGUGAAGGAAUUGAAAAAACCAUGUUUACCCAGUGGUUUGAGCUAAACAAGGAAGAUUUAAGAGCGCGUGCAUAUACAUAUGCUGAAAUACCUUCUAAAUAUGUGUGGCAGAAAAUGGGACCACAGUCUUAUAAAGACAUCAAAACCGUUAAUGGUCGUGAGUAUGAAACAUACAAAGAAGCUUGCAAUGCAUAUGGUCUUUUAAAUGAUGACAAAGAAUGGACAGAUGCUAUCAAUGAGGCAAAGUUCUGGGCUACUGGACCACAGCUACGAGAUUUGUUUGUUACAAUUUUGUUGUUCUGUGAUGUUUGCAGCCCACUUCAAUUAUGGAAUCAAAAUUGGGAAACUUUAUCUGAGGAUGUUUUGUACAGGAAAAGAAAACAAUUCAGAUUUCCCACUUUGCAUCUUUCAGAUGAACAAAUAAAGAAUUAUUGUUUGGUAGAUAUACAGGAAGUUUUACAAAGAAAUGGCAAAUCAUUAGAAGAUUUUAGUGAUUUACCAAAACCUGAUGAAACCUUGCUUACUGCUAUGGAUAAUCGGUUGAUACGUGAAGAGCUUAGCUAUAACCAAACACAAGAAGCACUUGAACAUGAGCAACUUUUCUCCAAACUAAACCCUGAUCAAAUGACAAUCUAUCAGAAGGUCAUCUCUUCAGUCCAUGAAGAACGAGGGGGUUUCUAUUUUGUUUAUGGACCAAGAGGUACAGGAAAAACUUUCUUAUAUAAAGCUAUACUCUCGCGGUUAAGAUCGGAACGGACAAUUGUACUUGCAGUUGCAUCUUCAGGGAUUGCGUCUUAG